AUGAUGAUCGACUCGUCGCCGGAGUCUAACACACUGUCUCGCCACGAGCUUAUUCUUCAGAGGCUAGCAAGUCUGGGAGUUCCUGAAGAGAAUUUGAGUCAAGGACCUCAGGGUUUGGUUGCUUAUGUCAAGAAUGAUAAGUCUCGAAUAGCAGAAUUGGUCUCUGCUAUCUUGUCUACUGAUGAGGAGGCAACCGAGGCUGUUUCAGAAACUCGUGGAGGGAGUACAAAAGAAGCUGAUGAAGAUGUCUUUUGUGAAAGUAUGAUUUGGUUGCAAUGGUUGAUGUUUGAUGGUGACCCGAGCCUUGCACUGGAGCACCUGGCUAAAAUGAAUGGUAACCAGCGUGGUGUUUGUGGGGCUGUAUGGGGAAACGAUGAUCUUGCGUACAGUUGCCGGACAUGCGAACAUGAUUCUACUUGUGCGAUUUGUGUUCCUUGUUUCGAGAAUGGAAAUCACAAAGAUCAUGAUUACUCUGUUAUAUAUACGGGUGGAGGGUGCUGUGAUUGUGGAGAUAUUACUGCAUGGAAACGUGAAGGAUUUUGUUCGAAGCACAAAGGAGCAGAACAGAUUCAACCCCUUCCUGAGGAUUUUGCAAAGUCUUUGAAGCCUGCUUUAGAUUCCUUACUUGUUGAUUUGAGAGAAAAGUUACUUUAUGCAGAAAGUGCCUUUCAGGGAAGUCCUAUAUUGACUAAUCAUGUUGCUGAGCCUGUAAAGGCUGCAAAUGAUUUGACCUCUGCAGUGGUAGAGAUGCUGUUAGAAUUCUGUAAAAGCAGUGAAAGUUUGCUCAGUUUUAUUUCUGUGAGAGUGUACUCUUACCCUGGUUUAUUGGCUGUUUUGUUAAGGGCAGAGAGGUUCUUGAACGAUGGAGUAGUUGGGAAGCUCCAUGAAUUACUUCUGAAAUUGAUUGGUGAACCUAUAUUUAAAUAUGAGUUUGCAAAAGUGUUUUUAAGCUAUUACCCAACUGUUGUAAAUGAAGCCAUAGAAGAGAAAAGUGACAAUGUCUUCAAGAAAUAUCAACUUCUGUCAACAUUCUCUGUCCAAAUUCUGACAGUGCCUACACUAACUCCACAUCUUGUAGAGGAAAUGAAUCUGCUGUCCGUGUUGUUUGAAUGUUUAGAAAGGAUAUUCAUUUCUUGUGCAGGAGAAGAUGGGAGGCUGCAGGUUGCUCAAUGGUCAAACUUGUAUGAAACUACUGUCCUUGUGGUUGAACAUAUAAGAUAUGUCAUGAGCCACUAUGUUGUAUCCAAAUACUUAUGCCAUGGUGGGCGAGAUUUAGUUAGAACAUGGAUGAGAUUAUUGGCUUUUGUGCAAGGAAUGAACCCUCAAAAGCGAGAAACUGGUAGUCACAUAGAAUUAGAAAAUGACAGUAUCCAUCUGCCUUUCAUUUUAUGUAACUCCAUAUCCAACAUUCUUUAUCUCUUAGUCGCUGGAGCAUUUUCUGUAAAUACUAGUGAGGAGACUAAUGAAGAUGCUUUCUUCAGAGCUUAUAAACUAGAUUUUGAAGACCAAGAUAGUCUAAGACUUGCAAAAGUGGGAAGGCUAUCGCAGGAAAGCUCCAUCGGUAGUGUUAUAGGGAAGAAUGCAUUUGAUCAUGCAUCCAAGGCCGCAGACAAUAUUCCUAUUCCAUCAUCUGCUUUAUGGUUAACAUUUGAAUGCCUGAGGGCUAUCGAAAAUUGGUUGGUAAUGGAUAACACGGUUGGCCCGUUCAAUAUCUUGCCUUCAAAAUCAAAAAAUGUCUUUGGUAAUAAUUUUUUGGCUUUGAAAAGGACGCUGUCUAAGUUUAGAAGAGACAGACCCAUUUUCAAAUCGUUCACUUCAUCUAAAAGUAAGCUUACAAUUUCAAGUGAAGUUUUUAGUAAACGAUGUUCUUCACCAUCCCGUGGUGGUUUUAACAUUGGUAUAGGAUUGGAGUGUGGCCGACCUAUUGGACAAGAAGCUGAACCUGGAGGUUGUGAUGACAGUAUGUUGGAUGGAGAAAGUUCCUCUGAGCUUGAAGGCCUCAAAGUUCUGAGUUUUUCAGAUUGGCCUGAUGUUAUGUAUGAUGUUAGUUCACAGGGCAUCUCAGUUCAUGUUCCGUUGCACCGGUUACUUUCGAUGGUUCUGCGGAGAGCACUCAAACAAUGUUAUGGUGAAUCAGCGUCUUUAGAUAUGAUGAACGCUAGGUCUACUGAUCGGUCGUCUGCUAUAUAUAAUGACUUCCUUGGACACAUUUUAGGAGGUUGCCAUCCUUGUGGAUUUUCUGCCUUUUUGAUGGAGCAUCCCCUUCGAAUAAGGGUGUUUUGUGCCGAGGUACAGGCUGGAAUGUGGUGUAGGAAUGGGGAUGCUCCCAUAUUAUCUAGCGAGUGGUAUCGUACAGUUCGCUGGUCUGAACAGGGCCAAGAGCUUGAUCUUUUCUUGCUGCAGUGUUGUGCUGCAUUAGCUCCAGCCGAUCUUUAUGUCAAGAGAAUUUUAGAACGUUUUGGACUAUCAAACUAUAUGUCAUUGAAUCUUAAACCGUCCAGUGAGCAUGAAUCAACUCUACUCGCAGAAAUGUUGACUCUUCUAAUACAAAUAGUCCACGAGAGGAGGUUUUGUGGGCUGACUACUGUGGAAUGUUUGCAAAGAGAGUUGGUAUAUAAGCUCUCUAUUGAUGAUGCCACUCGUAGUCAGCUGGUGGAAUCUCUUCCUCGGGAUCUUUCAAAAAUUGAUAAACUUCAGGAGAUAUUGGAAACAAUUGCAGAAUAUUCCAAUCCAUCUGGCAUGACUCAGGGCAUGUAUAAAUUACGAUCAGCAUAUUGGAAAGAACUCGAUUUGUAUCAUCCUCACUGGAACUCGAGAGACCUACAAGCUGCGGAAGAAAGAUAUUCUCAGUUUUGUAAUGUUUCUGCAUUGACAACUCAGCUCCCUAAAUGGACAAAGAUUUAUUACCCUCUCAGGGGAAUAGCUCAAAUAGCUACUUGUAAAACACUCCUUCAAAUUGUCCGUGCCAUUCUUUUCUAUGCUGCGUUCACUGACGAACUCACACCGUCUCGGGCUCCAGACCAUGUUCUUGUAACUGCACUGCAUUUGCUGGUAUUAGCCUUGGAUAUCUGUCAAGUACAGAAGGAAUCUGGUGACCUGUUAUGUUGUACAAAUGAUGUGAUUCCUAUUUUGGCAUUUGCCAGUGAAGAAAUAUGCAUGAAUAAGUAUGGUGAUCAGAGCAUGUUAUCACUUCUUGUCUUGUUGAUGAGGAUACAUGAGAGAGAAAAUGCUGAGAACUUCAUGAAACCUGGCAAUUUCUGUCUCUCGUCUUUAAUAUUGGAUCUACUCAAGAAGUUUGCGGAGCUUGAACCUCGAUGCAUGACCUCAUUGCAGAAACUUGCUCCUGAAUUAGCAUAUCAACUUUCACUAUCCAUUCCUCGUGGUAAUACUAAUGACAUGGCAUCAGCUUCUGAUAGUGAAAAGCGCAAAGCAAAGGCUCGAGAAAGACAAGCUGCUAUAUUGGAGAAAAUGAGAGCCCAGCAGUCAAAGUUUUUGGCAAGCAUUAGUUCCAGUUCAGAUGAUGAAAUGAAUGGUUCUAAAUCUGGGCAACUAUCAUGUGAUUCUGAUGUAAGCAAUUCCCAAGAAUCAGCUCAAGUUAUUUGCUCUCUUUGUCAUGACCCCAACUCUAGAAGGCCCAUAUCAUUCUUAGUUUUUCUCCAGAAAUCCAGUAUUAAGAGUUUCGUGGACAAAGGCCCUCCGUCGUGGGAGCAAGUUAGUCAUGCUGGGAAGGAGCAUGUUUCUAAUAGCACAGUGCCAAUUGAUUUAUCCCAAAGGAGCGAUAUAUCUGGCGACUCGGAAAUGGUUUCAUCUUCUCAGUUGAUGGAUAUGGUUCAGUCUACUUUGAAUGAUUUUGCUUUAAUGGGACAAACUAGGGAAAUGAAUGCUUUUCUGGAAUUUAUUCGAGCUUUAUUCCCUUCCAUUGGGAAUGUUCAGCUCCCUUGCAUAUCGACAGAUCUGAAGGAGAAGACAGCAAAUUCCCUUGAGACAUUAGAAGAACAUAUAUAUUUGAUGAUUAGAGGAUUUUGUGCUAGUUUAUGGGACUUGGAAUCUCAAAGGCCUGCUGGAAAUUUUUUUACAGCUGGAGUUAACCUGGAGAGAAGCAGGAAUUCUGAAUCUCUCUGUCUUGGUAAAUACAUUGCUGCACUGUCUGUAGAGACAUUGGAUAAUCCUUCAGCUUCUGAGCACAGCCGUCCUCUCAGUGAUAUGACACAGUCAGAAUCCAAUAUGCUAUAUUUCAGAAGAGUUGGCUUCGAAGGAGGGCAUAUUGUGGAUCCUGAUCAGGGCGAGUUUCUCUGUCCUGUAUGCCGGGGACUAGCAAAUUCUGUGCUGCCGGCAUUGCCUGGUGAUUUUAGAAAGGUUCAUCCACCACCAGCUAUUCCAACUGUUAAUUCUAUGAAUGCUGGUAGCUAUUCAUCCUUGUCGGAUAGUAAAGUUAGUUCCUUUUCUCUCGAAGAUGCUUUGUCUCUCUUAAGAAGUGCUGCUGAUGUUUCUUUAAGUAAUGAGCUUCUGAAAGCUUUUCCAUUUGAACAAAAUGUGAGGAUAACACCAAAUCUUGAACCUGUGUUUCGUGUACUGAGUGAAAUGUGCUUUCCUGGCGUUGAUAAGAUUUCGGGGUCUGGAAGGGUAAACCACCCAGUGAUUCUAUGGGACACACUUAAGUAUUCCCUCAUGUCAACCGAAAUUGCUGCCCGAUCCAGAAAGAAUUCAUUGACUCCAAAUUGCAGCCUCGGUUCUUUAUACGAAGAACUCAACUCUUCAUGUGGUUUCAUAUUGUCGCUGCUGCUAAAUGUAAUUCAAAGUAUCCGAGCACAAAAUUCUCAGAGUGUUCUUUUGAGGUUAAGAGGCAUUCAGCUCUUUGCCAAAUCUGUAUGCUCUGGCACUUCUCCAAAUGAAAUUUCCAAUCACACUUGCCCACAAGAAGGUAAUUUGCUUUGUAUAUUAGAGAAUGCUGAGGCAGAUAUACAGUAUCCGGAUGUUCGUUUAUGGAGACGUGCUUCUGACCCUGUCCUCGCACAUGAUGCCUUUUCGACAUCAAUGUGGAUACUCUUCUGUCUGCCAUGUCCAUUUUUGUCAUGCAAAGACUCCUAUCUCUCUCUUGUGCAUGUUUGUUAUGUUGUUACCAUUACUCAGGCUAUAAUUACAUAUUGCAACAAACGACAAUGCACUAUUAGUGAAUUGGGAUUUCAUGAUUGUUUGAUUACUGACAUCUUCAAAUUUAUGGAGGAACACGGAGGAGCCCUACAGUGUUUUGAUUCGAGCUAUAUCAAUCCCACCUAUGAUAUGAAAGAUGCAAUUCGCAGCCUGAGCUUUCCUUAUUUGCGGAGGUGUGCAUUGUUGUGGAAACUAAUAAAUCAUUCCAGUAGAGCAUCAUUCAGUGAUGGGGCUUGCACAUUUGAUGGAUCUCUAUACGCAGAUGAUGAUUCAGAAAAUGUCAGGAACAUUGUAGAAGAGCUUUCCGAGGUUGAAAAGCUGGAGAAGAUGUUUAAUAUUCCACCACUUGACGUUAUUAUUAAUGAUGAAAAGUCACGGUUCACAGCUUUUAGAUGGCUUUGUCAUUUUUCUGAAGAUCUCUUGCAAAGGUAUAUUAAAAAGCGUUGCCCGGACUGUGGAGAUGUUCAGAAGGAGCCUGCAUUAUGCUUGCUAUGUGGCAAAUUGUGCUCACCAAACUGGAAGACAUGCUGCAGGGAAAGUGGUUGUCAAACUCAUGCAAAGGCCUGCGGGGCUGGCAUUGGAGUGUUCCUAUUGAUUAGAAGAACCACAAUCUUCCUACAAAGAUCUGCUCGUCAGGCUCCUUGGUCAUCCCCCUACUUGGAUGCAUUUGGUGAAGAGGAUGUUGAAAUGCGUAGAGGGAAACCGCUGUAUCUGAACAAAGAACGUUACGCAGCUUUGACUCAUAUGGUGGCCUCUCAUGGGCUUGAUCGAAAUUCAAAGGUGCUUCGGCAAACUACAACUGAUUCUUUUUCCACAGGCAGCGCCCAUCAAUUAAAUGUUAUAUGGAUUGGCUUAGUCGUCCUUAAUGGCAUUGGUUCUUCGCCGAGCUGCUUUUUCCCUCACCGAUUGCCCAAUGUAUAG